AUGAUGGUGGUCCCGAUAUCCACGCUGCUGCAAUUCGACGGCAUCCCGUCGUUCGAGGAGCUGUGCUUCGCCGGGCUGUUGGUGGAGUGGAAGAAGGGCAUGCAAACCGCCUUCAUUUCGCACACCUGGCUCGGCGCGGAUCACCCAGACCCCGACGGAGAGAAGAUCGCGCUGCUUCGCAGUGUGCUGCUGCAGGUGCAGGCGGGCCAGCUCGAGGCCCACCCGCACUGGACGCUAGCGUUGUCCAACCUCACCGGCCUCCGGCACAAGCUCCACAAGCUGCGGGGCGGGUUCGUCUGGCUCGACUUUUGCUGCGUACCGCAGCGCGCCACGCAAGUCAGCCGGCGGAGCAAGGCCAUCGCCUCCAUCCCCUCGUACAUUGCGCGCUGCACCCACUUUCUCGUCCUUGCCGGGGCGUGGAAGCACCGGACGGACGGAUCGCCUCGGGACCUCCACGCUUGGCUCGGGCGAGGCUGGUGCCGCAUGGAGAUGCUGUCCAAUGCCCUCGCUCCAAAGCCGAGGGCGCUCAUCACCAUCGAGUCCUCUUCCGCAGUCCCGAUGUGGGGGUCGGGCGGCGUGCUGACGCGGGGCUGGGUCACUUGCGGAGUCGCAACGGGCGCCUUCACCGACGAGCGAGACCGGACGUCGCUGGGCCCCGUGAUUCUCUCGCUGAUCGCGAGGCGAGAGAGGCAGGCGCUCAAGGAGGGCGACCUCACUUUCUACCGCAGGCUGCGCGCGGUCACGGGCAAAGUCCUCGACUCGACGGGCCUACAGCCCACGCUGCCAGCCAGCCUCGACGACUUCCUUGCGGAGUAUCGCUUCAAGCACGCGCUUGACAGCGGCCAAACCUCGCCCCUGCACUGCGCAGUCCUCGCCGGCCGGGCGGACAUCGCGACCGUGCUCUUGGACAAGGGUGCCGACGUGGAGUCCGCCGUCAGGGACAACGACGUGCGCUUCGAGGGGCUGAUCAAGGGGAUGACGGUGCUGCACGUUGCGUGCAUCAUCCGUGAUCGUCCGGACCUGGUAAAGCUUCUCUUGGCGCGAGGCGCCGACCCUUCACGCACGACCGACGGAAUGCGCCUCUCGUCGCUCCACUUUGCGGCUAUGGGAGGGAACGUCGGCAACAUCGAUGCCCUGCUUGCGCACGACCCCUCCCUGGGGCGGGUCGGCUGCAGGUUUGGCGGCAGGCCCUUUGUUUACGCUGUCAUGUACGGCGGCGCGUCUGCGAUCCAGCACCUCUCACGGGAGUACCCAGAGCUAGUCGAGGUCUCGUGGGACGGCAAAUCCACCGCUUCGCUCGCCCUCACCACCGUGGGAGACGUCGCCACGCUGCGCGAGACGCUGUCCACCGCAGGAGGCGACGUCGACUUUGUCGGGCCCGCAACUUCGCCCGGGCUUCGCCGAGUCUUCCGCGCCACUGAUCUGAUGGUGAAGCUCGGCACCCUCCGCCUCGUCCCACGGCAGCGCCGCGCGCUGCUCGAGUACAUGGCCUACUCGUCGAGAUGCGCUGCCAUCCACCGCGCCGCCUACACCGGCCACCUGCUCGCGAUCGACUUGCUGCUCAAGUCAGGCGCCGACGCAAACUCCGACAGACACCCGUACAACAUGCAACCCCUCCACAUCGCCGCCCUGCGAGGCCACCACGGGGUGGUCGCGCGCCUCCUCCGCGCGGGAGCCUCUCCGACCGCGCGCUGCUCUCGCGGCCGCACGCCCGCGGCAUGGGCCGCCAGGUCGGGCCAUCACGCCGUGGUGGAGCUGCUCGACCGGGCGGCCGCUGGCGACGGCGUGGGGCGAGGGGGCGGCGACGGGAGCGCAGCGGCGAGCGGGGCUGAGGAGCUGCGCCGAGAGGCGAGCGGAGGCCUCAGCGGAGCCGACAGGGCGGUCGGCUCGUGGGCGGUGGUACGACUGGCCGUUCUUGUCGCGAUUGGAGACGGGGGGGCGACGAGACAUGCAGCUUGCGCGUGA